AUGUCAUCCCAUAACCACAACCCUAUGGGUAAAAAUCAACAUGCUACUGUCCCGUCUGUGGAUGACCCUCGUCUCGCUGAAGUGCUGACGAAAUUUCAUCGGGAGGGAUUGUCCAGUAAUAGCCGUAUAAAGCAGAGGCUGUUUGCAGAGUACGGGAUUUCAGCCAGUGUCUCUUCUAUCAAGCGUUGGAGGAAUGACCUUCAGUUAUUGGGACCUCGUUCCAAACUGCAAAAGCUCACCGAAAAGGAGAAAGAGCAAGUUGUUUUACAACAGCUUGACAGAGACCCUUCGAAAGGACAAGGGCUCGGGACUAUCAAAAAUCACAUUGCCCACGACCAGGGUAUUCAAUUGGCGCGUGACACUAUAUCUGGCAUCAUGCACCUUCAUGAUGCGGAUGCGUUUCUUGCUCGUGAGCCGGGGGCAAAGAGGAUCCACCGUGUACCCAAGGCACCAAUUGGCGUCCACGAGAGGUGGUCAGGCGACGGCCACGAUAAGCUCUAUAAGAUAGGUUUCCCAAUAUGGGCUGUCGUUGACGAUGCAACAGCGAGAUGGCUCGCUGCACGGGUUGUUCCAAGCAAUCGAAUGGGUGACAUAAUCGGCUAUUUAUUUCUUUGCCUCGUCCUCAAAUACAAAGGGCUUCCUCUCCAGUUUAGUACUGAUUGCGGCUCAGAAACGACACAACUGUAUGGGCUUGUUAAUGCUCUUCGCCAAAUUUUUCAUCCUGACUACGACAUUGGUACGCUGCCUGCUCACUGUUAUCUUCGAAGUGUGCACAAUAUCUCAAUCGAGCGGUCUUGGCUGCGACUGCGCCUUGAUUUUGGUGACAAUGCUGUCACGGAGUACCAAAAGGGACCCCCAUCCGGAAACUUCAAACCUGAAGACCCAGUUCAUUCUCAAUUGAGCCAGUGGCUUUGGUCUAAAACUCUCCAGCUCGCACUCGAUGGUUUCACCGAAAUGCGAAAUGGACAGAAGAUGCGUAAAGAUAAUGAAAAGGCUGGUCCCUCUGGUUGCUCUCGGAAUGAGGCAUUCUUCUUGCCGCAGAACUUCGGCCUGGUAGACAAGCUACUCCCUCUCAACGACGAUCAACUCAAGAUUGUAUUCGAAAUCAAAGAGUUCAUGGGUGGCGAUGCCCUCCUUGCUUUUGCAUCCCCAGAGUUCUCAGAGAAGGCGGAAAUUGCGUACCAGUCCUUAGGCGUCACAGAGCUGACCAUACAUAAUGCGUGGCAUAUUUUCGAGGCCCUUCUUCCAUUGUUCUACAUAUUGCCUCCCGUCCUUCAUCAAUUGAUCACAAUCAAUCUGGGCUCAGGUCUAGUGGCUGAGGGCUCAGCUCUUCAACACCUUUCACUGUGCUCAUCGCAAUGGCUAAGUGUUCAUACUGUGGUAUUGACUUUCCACUUCUGGCUGACCAGGACAAUGAAGCAGGGGUUUGGUGUGGUAAAUGCACUCUGCGGGUACCUGGAAUCUCAGUCCCCGAAAUCGCAGCCAUCAAUGACAAACCACAAGAAAGCACCCCACAUACCAACAACCAUUCUCAGGAUACAAGGAGUCACGCCACUUUUAUUGGAGCAGAAUGCGACAGAUAUGGGGGGUACUUUCCGCCAAGGAUAUCAAGCGCAAGCUUCGGAUCCCCGAUUGAAUAAGCCCAGCACUGCACAUGGAGUAGAAGGAGGUCUCAACAAACUCAAGAACUUAAGCAAAGCGCAAACUGUUGUGGCGGAACGGAAGGCGAAAAGAGAAGAAGCCAAUCUGGUUGGUACUGGGAUUAAAGUUGGUGCAACGCUUUGGAAGAUUCCCGAACAAGGAAAGAUGACAAAGAUUGAGCCCAUCCGAGUCGUUCACGUCUUUAGCCCAGAAACUGAGACGAAAGAUGCACUUGGGACACUGUUGGGCAUGGUCCGGAAACCAUUUGUGGAUCAAUAUCCUGAUGCUGAUAUGUUGACGUGCAAAAAUACUCGUCGCUUGAACACUUCGAUCAAAGGCUUCCUAUGGAACAGUUUUACCAUGAAUUUGUCAAGGGGAAAUUAG